AUGGGUAACGGUGAAGUGACUCGUCUUCAUCUUGCCUAUUUAUCUAUUGCAAUAAGUUCUACAUGUAUCCUAUCAAUGAUUAUUGUUCUUCCUAUGCUUAAUAAUCAACUAGAUAAUGUUAAUGAAAAUAUGAUAGAAAGAUUAAAUGCUUUUAAUUAUGAAUCAAAAAAGAUAUGGAAAGAUCUUGUAAUUAAUCAUGGAACUUUUAGGACUAAAAGAGGAUAUGGUGUAGAAAAUUCUCCCGAUGGUGAUGAUGGUGAACAAUGUACAAAUUGUAUUAAAUUAUCUUGUCCACCAGGACCUCCAGGUCCACCAGGAAUUGAUGGUGAAGAUGGUAGUGAAGGAAUGCCAGGACGCCCAGGUAAAAGUGGUUUAGAUGGUUUAGAUAUUCCAUUAGAACCUGAACCAACUUUCCCAUGUGUUAUUUGUCCAGCUGGACCACCUGGAAAUCGUGGACCUCAAGGUGAACCAGGAAGACCAGGAGUUAAAGGUGAACCAGGACAACCAGGUUUACCAGGAAGACCAGGAAAACCAGGAAGAGUUGGAGAUGCAGGACCACCAGGUGUACCUGGAGAACCAGGUGAACCAGGAAUCAAAGGUCCACCAGGUGAUGAUAGUAUUGGUGGAACAGGUAUUAAGGGACCUCCAGGACCACCUGGACCAAGAGGUCCAAAAGGUCCACCAGGACCAAAUGGUUUACCAAGUAGCAAUCCAGGACCACCAGGUCCAACUGGAGAAAUUGGACCACCAGGACCACCUGGAAAACGUGGUGAACCAGGUUCUGCUGGUCAACCAGGUAUUCCAGGAGAAUCUGGAGAACCUGGAGGUCAUUGUCCAUCAUCAUGUGGAGUUCAAGAAAUUGUUGGACCAUCUAUUACUGAAUUAGAUACCCAAGGAUAUCAAGGAUCAGUUAGAAAUUAUAGACCAGGAUCUUCUGGAGGAUAUGGUAAAAAAUAA